AGUCAUGUCUGGAACGUUCAGGAAGAAAACUAAAAGCUGACAAACGGGUCUCUACCUUUUCUGAGGUGAGGAAUGGAGUGCUCCAGGAACUCUAUCCUCUUCACAGAAAACUUUCUAACUUCUGCUAGGAUGUCUAUAAAACUAUAUUAAUUUAAAGAAAAAUGGCGUCGCCGGUGAAAUUAAACGGAACCGAACUUUUGGAAGUUGACAUAUGCGACGGUAUAUGUUCCGAGGACGAAAGCGGCGUUUUCGUCAAUUGUGUAUCCGCCUUUCAGGAGGACUUCUCCGGCUUCCAGCAGUGGACAAACUCCACCGAGUCAACUUAUGACACAUCAUCGCCUCCGGGACAGCAGGUGCCCUCCACCGGGGAGCACGGAGCUCCACCUGCCGCUGUUAGGACUAGCGCGGCAGGGGACAGCGACUCUGAGACCACGGGAGAUGGAGUCAAAUUCAUCAGGUCUAGGUCCAUAGUGGACUGUCUUUUGGUGGAGCUUUAUGAGACGUACAACGGCGGUAGCAGGAGGAAUUUGGACAGCUGGGAUAGCUCCACAGAGGCGUCCGGAUCUGAUGCUUUCCUCGGCCGCAGUAACUCCGGGUCCAGCUUCCUCCAGGAGCUCCAGGAGAAGCACACAAGGAGGCAUCAGAUGAACUACCUGGCCCAGAAAGCCCUGGAGGAGCUGCAUUCAAUCAUCCAGGAGGUGAAAUAUCGUACGGGCCUGCAGUCGGCCAAACUGCUCCGCCAGCUGAGGAGACGGGACCGACUGAACCACAAAGUGCAGAAAAACUACGACAUUAUCACCGCCUGCCUUCAGGCUGUCUCACAGAAACGACGUAAGAAUACACACUUAUCUUCUUCCUGCUUUAAUACAAAAAAAGAUUGGUCUUGUUGUGUGUUAACUUUCAGGAAGAGGCCUAGACACUGAAGUGCUCUUAGAGGCUGGGAACUGAGGAGAAAUGUAUUAAAAGUGAAAAAUAAAUGUAUUUUCAAGAAA